AUGUGGAAAUCUAUUGCAGACAUGGACUAUGUGUGUUUAACCUGCCACUAUGUUGACAAUGAUUGGAAGCUUCAGAAGAAAAUUAUCAACUUCUUUCCUCUCGGGCCUUCUGAACUUGGGCAGGAUGUGAGCAAAACCAUAAUGGAGAGAUUGCAGGAAUGGAAUAUUGAUGGGAAGCUAUGUGUUGUACUGCUAGAUAACUGUAGCACCAGUGAUUUUGUGGCAAGUGAGCUUAUAGGAUACCUCCGCGCAAAGGGUUUUCUUAUUUCAAAUGGUGAUCUAUUUUAUGCUCGGUCUUGUGGGAAUUUGCUGAAUGCCAUUGUUCACAAAAGCCUGGAAGCAGCAUGUGAAGUCAUUGAUAGAGUUCGUGUUAGCGUGCAAUUUGUAAAAUCAUCACAAGAAAGGCUAUCCAUACUUCAGAAAAAUGCAGAGCAAAUAGGCAUCCUAGAAAAACCAUUAGUUCUCGAUGCUCCAUCUAAUUGGCCCUCAACAUAUAUGAUGCUGGAAACUGCAUGCCAUUAUCAAGAGGCUUUCAAACACUUGGCAGAAAGUGAUGUGGACAAUGCUAGCUUUCUUUCACCCAAAGAUUGGGAAGAUGUUAGAGCUGUCAUUGAGUGUCUAGAUGUUCUUUACCAAGCUUUGGACCACCAAAAUCCCAACUGCAAAUCUAUACUUCAAUGA